AUGUUGGCUAAGGACGGACCCGUCUGCCAGUAUUUUGGUCCAGGACGCACCCGUCUACCAGCGUGCUGGUCCAGGACAGGCCCGUCUACCGACAUGUUGGUCCAGGACGGACCCGUCUACCGACAUUGCAGUAAACUUCUUGAGGAUGACCCGGCACUCUGGCCAAAGCAGCUGUCUGAUCGUGCACGCUGCUCACUAGUACGGAGAGGACCACUCCAGGUGAAGGACAGGAUCUUUCCAAGGAAUGGAGACGAGCUCAGAUUUACUUCCAGCUAUUAUUUCAUUCAUAAAAAUGGAGGACAACCAGCCUACAGGUCGAACAAAUGCAAGUGUUCCCACAGCCUCCUGAGCAGGGUCAAACUGCGGAGCAUCCAGAAGGAACCAGUGGUUUACCAGCCCAGUACCUUCUGCACACAAUAUGAGAUCAUUGUUAAAGUGGCAGACAAGGAGAAAUGUCUGGAUCCAAAGUCACACAUUGGACAGCUUAUUCUGAACCGACACAAAAACAAGCUCAGGAAGACUGAAGCUGUGCAGACGACAACGGCUCCAGCUCAGAGCUCCACGACGAAGCAGGCGACAUCCAGACAGCAAGAAUAUUUAAGUACAAACAUGUAUGUUUAAAUAGGAAUUGUAGAGGACCAGCCAAGGACCAGCGACGGGCCCAUUAAGGAAAGUGGGGAAAUUUUUAAUGGCUACUAUUGUAUGUGAUUAAUAAAAGAUCAUCAAGGUAACUGUACACUAACCCAAGGGUUUUGAU